AUGGUGUAUGGACAACAAAGCUUAUGGGGAGAUGAUCUGUCUCGUAUCUACAUCGCAUCUCCUAAAAGGAAAUCCAAAACCUUAAGGCAAUCAUCCGACCCAAAUUUCAAAAUUGUUCGGCAGAAUCGUGAUCUGUGCUCUUCAGCUGCAAGAGUUGACGCACUGUUUGUCGUCAUCACAGAGCCAUCGAACCGGAAGAGGCGAGAUGUAAUCAGAGAUAUGUUCACAAGUGACGUCAUCAGCAAGAAGCACACCAAACGAGUCCUGUUUCUGAUCGGAUGGCCGGUUAAAUUUGUAAGACGCACUCAAAACGACAUCAGAAUCGAGACGAAACAACACAGGGAUAUACUCCAAGGCAAGUUUCUUGAUACUUACAGAAACCUUACCUACAAAACUGUAUUUGGAUUCAAAUGGAUCAGCCGACAUUGUAGAAAUGUGAACUACGUCAUCAAAAUUGACGAUGACGUGUAUGUCGACAUUAACAACUUUUUCUGCACAUUAUUUCCGAAGUUUGAGACACGCCAUGCUGUGAUAUGCAACAGAAUGACCUAUUCAAAUGUUAUGAGGAACGGCAAGUGGAUGUUGGACGAUUAUACAUACAGACACUACGUUUACUACCCCGUUAAAUACUGCAGUGGAUAUGCAGUGGUAUUGAAAGGCGAUAUGGUACCACUCUUGUACAAGGCGUCUUUGAUGACGCCAUUCUUCUGGAUUACUGAUGUAUUUAUAUACGGUACUUCUCGGACCUUCUUACGCUAUCUUCCCCCUAACAAGCACCAAAACAAACAUGCUGACAACAGGUUUCUCAGUGGACCUGUUCCUAGCCUGGACACAGAUGAAUUUGUGAAGCCAUAUGACUUUGUGAAGCCUGAAUAUGCAUAG